AAGAUAAGGCAAAUCAAAAGGGCGUGCAUUGCACCCACCCAAUCCCAAUGUAUCAUUCAUAAUUUGUACAGUACAGAUGCCAUUUUUGAGAAUUGAUGAGAGUUUGUGAAAUCUUGGGUUGCAUUGCAAUAAAUGGAUUAUAAAAAUAAGCAAUUAAGUUAGUUUACUAAAACAAAAAAAUAAUUACUAGCCUAUUAUUAAUUAUUAUAUAUAGCAAAGAUGAGAAUGGUGAUGAGAAUCCCGAGCCACAGGGCCAGCAGGGGUGUGAGCUUUCUUAACCUGGUUCACAAGCUUGUGUACCUUCCAGCAGUUUUAUUGUCGUCAAUUGGUGCCUCUGCAUCCAUCACCGUCCUAGCGUCGUCGUCAUCAUCAGAAGCAGCAGCAGCAUCAGUGAGGAUGAGCCAGAGUGAGCCUCCCCUUCCCCCUCCGAUGGCGAAGAAGGUGGAGCAUAAGAUGGAGAUGUUCGGAGACGUGAGAGUGGACAACUACUAUUGGCUUCGAGACGACUCUCGCUCCAACCCCGACGUCCUCUCUUACCUUCAACAAGAGAACGCUUACACCCAAUUCCUCAUGUCCGGAACUAAGAAAUUUGAAGAUGAACUGUACGCUGCGAUUAGGGGGAGGAUCAAGGAGGAUGAUAUAUCUGCACCUGAACGACAAGGCCCCUACUAUUACUAUCAAAGGACUUUGAAGGGUAAGGAAUAUGUUCAGCAUUGUCGCCGCUUAAUACCCAACUUUGAGGCUGAGGCCCCACUCUCUGUAUACGAUACAAUGCCCACCGGACCUGAUGCUCCUUCCGAGCAUGUAAUCUUGGAUGAGAAUAUUAAGGCUCAACAUCAUGACUAUUAUAGCAUUGGUGCUUUUAAGGUUAGUCCAAAUAAUAAAUUGGUGGCAUAUACAGAAGACACCAAAGGAAAUGAAAUUUAUACAAUUCAUGUCAUUGAUGCUGAGACAGGUGCUCCUGUGGGACUGCCUCUAGUUGAUGCAACAUCCUAUCUUGCAUGGGCUGGUGAUGAGGCUUUAGUUUAUAUUACAAUGGAUGCAACUCUCCGGCCUGACAAGGCAUGGUUACAUAAGUUGGGAACAGAACAGUCAAGUGACUCGUGCCUCUAUCAUGAAAAGGAUGAUAUGUUUUCUCUUGACCUUCAAGCUUCUGAGAGCAAAAAAUUCUUAUUUGUUGGAUCUGAAAGUAAAAUUACAAGAUUCAACUUUUACCUUGAUAUUGCAAAGCUUGAAGAUGGGCUUGUGGUUCUGACACCUCGUGUAAAUGGCAUUGAUACAUUUGUUAGUCAUCGAGGAAAUCAUUUUUUUAUAAUGAGGAGAAGUGACAAAUGUUUUAAUUCUGAAGUAAUUGCUUGUCCACUGGAAAAUACAUCUGAAACUACUGUUCUUCUUCCACACAGGGAAAGUGUAAAAAUUCAGGAUAUACAACUUUUUAGUGAUCACCUUGUUGUAUAUGAGCGUGAAGAGGGUCUACCAAAAGUCACUAUCUAUCAUCUUCCAGAUGUUGGACAACCGCUUAAAAGCCUUCACAGUGGUCAAGCUGUUAAUUUUUUGGAUCCCACAUACUCUGUGGGUCGAUCAGAAUCAGAAUUUUCUUCCAGAAUUUUAAGAUUUUCUUAUAGCUCGAUGAAAACGCCUCCAUCUGUAUAUGAUUAUGAUAUGAAGACGGGCAUUUCUGUUUUGAAGAAGAUCGAAACAGUUUUGGGAGGUUUUGAAGCAUCAAAUUAUGUUACUGAAAGGAAAUGGGCUAGUGCUCCAGAUGGUACUCAGAUACCAAUAUCAAUUGUUUACAGGAAGGAUCUCAUAAAACUUGAUGGAUCGGAUCCAUUGCUACUCUAUGGCUAUGGCUCCUAUGAGGUCUGCAUAGAUCCCAGUUUUAAAGCUUCAAGGCUGUCUUUGCUGGAUCAUGGUUUUAUUUAUGCUAUAGCUCACAUUCGUGGGGGUGGUGAAAUGGGGAGGCAGUGGUAUGAGAAUGGAAAGUUACUAAAGAAGAAAAAUACUUUUACCGAUUUUAUUGCUUGUGCUGAGUAUUUGAUGGAAAAGAAGUACUGUUCAAAAGCAAGAUUAUGCAUUGAUGGAAGGAGUGCAGGUGGAUUGCUUGUUGGUGCUGUUCUUAAUAUGAGGCCUGAUUUGUUCAAGGCUGCUGUUGCUGGAGUGCCCUUUGUUGAUGUUCUGACGACAAUGCUUGAUCCAACUAUCCCUCUCACGACUUCAGAGUGGGAGGAAUGGGGUGAUCCACGUAAAGAGGAGUUCUACUUUUACAUGAAGUCGUAUUCCCCUGUUGAUAAUGUUAAGGCGCAAAAUUAUCCAAACAUUCUUGUUACUGCUGGUCUAAAUGAUCCACGUGUGAUGUAUUCAGAACCUGCUAAAUUUGUGGCAAAACUAAGGGAUAUGAAGACUGAUAAAAACAUCAUUAUGUUUAAAUGUGAAUUUGGUGCUGGCCAUACUUCAAAGUCGGGAAGAUUUGAGAAGCUUCAAGAAGAUGCCUUCAUAUAUACCUUCAUUAUGAAGGCUCUGGAUAUGGUUCCUGCCCAAGGAUCUGGGUUGAAUUAAUUAGACUUGUUGACGCAGAAAAAUGGUUCUGUAAUUUUCCCGCGCAACUUAGUGAUGAGGUGUGAUGGAUCAUGGGUGAAGGUGAGGACCUUCACCAAGUGUGUGAGAAUUUGAGCAAGCGAUAAGCAUACAGAAGACAAGAUAUACGUGGUUCACCCUUCAUGAAUGGGUUACAUCCACGGAGAAGUAUAUUCUCAUUAUUGUAAUAUUGUGUAUUUACAUUUGUACAUGGGGUUGGACCCAAAUUUAAAUGUAAGAAAGGGGAAGGUCAUGACUAAAGAUCAAUCCCAACCCAAAAGAUCCUUUUCUAAGGGAGAGUGGUCUCCUUUUAUAGGUGAGGGAGAGCCUUCACUUCUUGUAAUAUUCCAAUGUGGGACUCUUUACUUCGCCUAGAGUUGCUUCUAGUUGCUUGGUCAAAUAUGGUAUAAACAAGACUGCUCCAGGUAGGAGGAUGUGGUGCAAAUAAUAUAGGAUUCACUUUUUUUUUUUUUUUUGGUCUAGUAUGGUGAUGUUGGAAUCUAAUCGGAUUUCGAAUCGGAUUGGGUAAAAAAAAAUUUAAACUCGGGUUGAGUGGAAUUUCAAGUGCUCCGCUCCAUCUCUGACCCGUUUACAGGCCUGCAUUGGAGACUCUUGCAUUUUUCUGUUGAAUGUGACUUAUUUUAUGGGUAAAA